AUGUCCAUGUUAAUGACCCUGACUUUUUCCACAGAGUCUAUAAGGUCAACUCGGACUUUCGAAAAGACCCUGGCUUUUACCAUAGCUUUGAAAGUCCGGCAAUUCUCUGACCAAACUGCGCAAAAAUUGGAGAAGAAGGAAAGCAUCAAUAUGCGACCUCUUUUCCAAGCUUUGUCAACCGAUAUCAUUUGUGUUUGCUGUUUUGGAUGUGAAUUCAAUAUCAUCACCAACGAGGAUGAUCCAGCAAAUAUUUCUCGUACAACCGAUCUAGUCGCUAGCCACCUCUGGAAGGGCUCUCGAAAAGCAGGAAUCAUUGACAGCUUGCUCGAUGCAUCCCAAGCGGGUACCUGGGAAUCGCCUGACCAAGAGCUUCUAGUUGAGCAAGUCUUUUCGUUGGUCUUUGCAGGAAUAGACACAUCCUCUAUUGCAUUGACAUCCGGAUUCUGGCAUAUACUUUCGUGUCCAGGCGUUCUUCGACGACUACAGGAGGAGCUGCGCAGUACCACUCCGGACAUUGGAGACACAUAUGAUUGGAAGAAAGUCCGCCGACUUCCUUAUUUGAGUGCGGUCGUCAAGGAGACCAUGCGCAUCAGCUCCCCGGCCCCAGGAAGAUUUCCACGUGUUGUUCCACCCGAAGGGGUACAUCACAAGUCUAGCUUUAUACCAGGAGGAACUACCAUCUCCAGCAGUAUUUACUUAAUCCAUCAAAACCCCAACUUGUUUCCUGAGCCAGAGAAAUUCCUACCUGAGCGAUGGCUUGCAGAGGAUAGUAUCUCGCUUGAAAAAUACAUCGUGGCUUUCAGCAAAGGCAGUCGAAGUUGCCCAGGAAUACAUCUCGCCUAUCUGGAGAUCUACACAGUGUUGGCUACCUUUUUCAAUCGAUUCGAUAUGGAAUUGUUAUCUCCUACCACAGAAGAAGGCUUAGCUUGGUCCGAUCACGGCGUUGCCGUGUUCAAAUCUCCUCUCAAGUUAUAG